AUGGAAGAGAUGGGAGAAAGGGACUUGAAGAUGGAAGUAGGAUAUGACCUGACAGAAGAUACCAACAGAGGAAAACAUCCCCAUGCGGUGUUACGGGGCUCCCUCUCGGGAAGGAAUCCGAGCAAGGAGGCCGCAGCAAGGGACUCGUUUUCCAAGGCCCAUGCAAAAGUCUGGCAUCUCUACAAUGAUCAUUUUCGUCCAACUCAAGGAGGCCAAGUGUCCAUUGCCCUCAGCUCCCACUGGAUAAAACCGCAAGCCAUGACUGAACAAGACAUACAAGAAUGUCAAAAAUCCCUUGACUUUGUGUUAGGCUGGUUUGCUAAACCCAUAUUUAUUGAUGGUGACUAUCCUCAGAGCAUGAAGAAUAACCUUUCCUCUCUGCUGCCUGAAUUCAGUGAUGCAGAGAAGAUGUACAUCAAGGGAACAGCUGACUUUUUUGCGCUUUCUUUUGGAGCAACACUGAGUUUCCAGCUCUUGGACUCUCAAAUGAAAUUCCAUCAGUUGGAAUCAUUAAGCCUGAGGCAGCUCCUUUACUGGAUAAACCGUGAAUAUAAUAAGCCCAAAAUAUUCAUUGUGGAGAACAGCUGGUUUGUCUCCGGUAGCACCAAACGAGAUGAUGCCAAGUAUAUUUAUUAUCUCAAGAAGUUCAUUAUGGAAACAUUAAAAGCCAUCCGAUAUGAUGAAGUUGAUGUCUUUGGGUAUACUGUUUGGUCCCUCAUGGAUGGCUUUGAAUGGCAUAGAGGAUACAGCAUUAGACGUGGAUUAUUUUAUGUUGAUUUUCAAAGCCAUGACAAGAAGUUUUUGCCAAAGUCUUCUGCUUUGUUCUACCAAAAGCUUAUAGAGAGAAAUGGCUUCCCACCUUUGCCUGAGAAUCAGCCUGUAGAUGGGAAGUUUCCUUGUGACUUUGCUUGGGGAAUUGUUGAUAACUACAUUCAAGUAGACACAAGACCCUCCCAGUUUCUUGAUACUAAUGUAUAUGUGUGGGAUAUCCACCAUACUAAGAAGCUUAUUAAAGUUGAUGGAGUUGUUACCCCAAAACGUAAGCGUCACUGUGUUGACUUUGCUGCCAUCAGGCUGCAGAUCUUGCUGUUGCAGGAAAUGCAUGUCACACAUUUUCAUUUUUCACUGAAAUGGUCUUUGAUUCUCCCUUUGGGUAACCUGUCUCAAAUCAACCACACAUUCCUGCACUAUUAUCAGUGUUUUGUUAGUGAACUUCUCAGGGUUAAUAUAACUCCUGUUGUAGCUUUAUGGCAACCUGCAGCUGAGAACCAAGGGCUUCCUGUUGUGCUAGCCAAAUAUGGAGCCUGGGAGAACCCAGAAACCAUUCAAGCCUUUGUUGAGUAUGCCAAAUUCUGCUUCAAAAAUCUUGGCCACCAUGUCAAAUUUUGGAUUACAAUGAAUGAACCUUACAUGAGGAACCUGACAUACUCUGCAGGGCAUAAUCUGUUGAAAGCCCAUGCUAAAGCCUGGCAUCUGUAUGACAAAGAAUUUAGAAGAUCUCAAAAAGGUAAAAUAUCUAUCGCACUACAAGCUGAUUGGGUUGAGCCAGCCUGUCCCUUUUCCAAAAAUGAUCAAGAAGUUGCUGAUAGAGUUCUAGAAUUUGACAUUGGCUGGUUUGCUGAGCCCAUCUUUGGGAAUGGUGACUAUCCACAGGUGAUGAGAGAAUGGCUUCGCCAAAGAAACAGCAUUGAUUUGUACAAUUUCCACUUGCCUUAUUUCUCUGAAGAAGAAAAGAAAUUAAUCCAAGGCUCAUUUGAUUUUUUUGCCUUAAGUCAUUAUACUACUAUUCUUGUGGACUGGGAAAAAGAAGAUGCACUGAAGUAUGAUGACUAUCUUCAAGUUCAAAUGAUAAAAGACAUCACAUGGCUGAAUUCCCCAAGCAGAGCUGCAGUGGUGCCAUGGGGAUUGCGGAAAAUGCUCAAGUGGGUUAAGUCCAAGUAUGGUGAUAUCCCAGUUUAUAUUAUAGCCAAUGGAAUUGAUGAUGAUCAGAACAUGGGUCAAGAUAAACUGAGAGUAUAUUACAUACAAAAUUAUAUCAACGAAGCUUUAAAAGCAUAUACCCUGGAUAAUGUCAAUCUACAGGGCUAUUUUGUCUAUUCUUUCAGUGACAGGACUGCUCCCAAAUAUGGGCUCUAUCGUUACAUUGCUAAUCAGUAUGAGCCGAAGCCUUCCAUGAAGCAUUACAGAAAAAUAAUUGACAAUAAUGGUUUUCCCAGUUCAGAAACUCCGGAUCAGCUGUGUCCAGAAAUGCUUGUUUUGUGUCCUGAAUGCAACCUUUUUCAAACCAGAAAAUCUUUAUUUGCUUUUAUAUCUUUUAUAUUUUUUGCCUUUAUUGUUACUGUAUUCUUUAUUAUUUACUAUGCUAAGAGAGUUGAAAGAAGGUAUAAAUAGUGCUGCUGCUUUGCACACAGCACACUCUUCUCUAUCUGCAUUCCCUGGGGAAUUCUGAAAUAGUGGCGCACAAAAUUGUAAUCACUUCAGCCAUUUACACUGCAUCAGUGCUUUUUUUGUUUAAAAAAAAAAAAAAAAAGUGCCAGUACUCCAGGGGAAAAGUUGUUAGCUCUGACUGCAGGUGCCACUUCUGUGUCUGGAGGUGUUGGUACAGUGUACCAGGCAGUACCAUCACAAAAAAAGCACUGCACUGCAUAAUACUGUGAAGCACUGAAGUUGAAAAUUUAUUGUGAACAUAGGGACCUAAAAUCCUUUCUUGUGUUUUAAUACUUUUGGUUUAUGACAGGUCCUUAAAUUUGACUACAACAAUCACCUCAGAAAUUUUAUCGGGCCCUUUAUUUGAGCAGGGUUUAUUUUUUCCAUUUGAACAAGUGUGUUUUUU